AUGAAUUACCCCAAGGAUGUUGUUCUAACGGCCGGAGGCCCCAAGUUGUUGACAAGGGGUCUUAUAUAUAUAGUGUGGAUGGCUCAGAAUAAUCAACAGUCACUUGUCAUCAUGGCACUGGGGCAGUUGUGCGUAGUUCUGUGCCUGGCUUCCUACGCUGUAGGAGAACAUUACCCAGGUGCUGUUAUAGAACAUCCUCCAAAACCUGCCCCUGAGUACUUCGCUCCUCCACCACCAGUGUACAGUCCUCCGCCACCGCCACCAGUGUACGAUCCUCCACCCCCUCCACCAUUUUACGGCCCUCCUGCACCUCCUCCACCACCGCCGCCGCCGCCACCUCCACCACCUCAGUUUUAUGGUCCUCCUGCACCACCUCCUCCCCCGCCACCUCCACCACCAGUUUAUGCUGCUCCUCCUCCUCCACCACCACCACCACCACCACCACCACCACCACCACCACCACCAGUAUAUGCUCCACCUCCCCAUGUGGUUUACUCUCCUCCCCCUCCUCCUGUAGUGUACGCUCCUCCACCUGCUCCUGUUUACUAUGCCCCUCCACCACCAACAGUUGUUUACGUUCAUGCCCCCACACCGGUCUAUUCUCCACCUCCUCCUCCAGUUCCACUGAUAAGUGGACCUCCGCCAAAGCCAGCGACGACAUAUGGAUUGCCUUCAUUUAAGUGA